AGAAGCAGCGGCUCGUGUGUUGUUUUGUGUGCGCUUCGAACUCUGAACUCUGUUGCGUGGCAUGCCACAUGCCACAUGCUGAUGCUGACGCGGCCGUGGAUGCUGUGCUGCGGUUUUGAAGCAAUAAUAAAAGCCGUAUAGUAAUUAGUGCUCGCUUGUGGAUUUGCGAAAUUAAAUUAGGAAGCGCACUGGAAAAGUGGAAAAUGUGAAAAAUAUAAAUAUAAAUAAAGUGACACAGGAAACCCAACAGACAACAGCCAACAGACAACAGACCCUUCAGAGCUUCAGUACUUUAUGGAAUUACAAUUUUCGAAUCAAAUCAAAUCAAAUUAAAUGCCAUUACAAACCGCAGACACUAAUCCGAUUUAGAUGGCAAUUUAAUUGGCAUUCAAAUCAGAUUACACGCACAACUGGCCCAAGUGGCACGAGUGGCACAAGCUUUUCUGGCCAUCUCCCAUUGAGGAAUAUUUGUGGAGAUAAUACUGUCCCUGGGCCACAUUCAAAGGGUGAAUAUGGACUCGCAAUGAACGGAACAGCCUCAUAGAAUCCUGUUAACAAAGCACCACAAUGAAUGUCAGCGCGAUUUAAGUGGUGUCGUCUCUGCACUGAAAGGGGAAGGGAAGGCCCAAAAGAAACCAACCAAAGCCGGAACGUGACUUUUGCCGAAAGUAAAUUGAGCCACCGGCCACCGCAGCGAUAAAAGGCUGCGAUGCCAAGCAGCGAAAUUCGCUAGGAUUCGCGCAGUCAAAGAGAUAAAGGAUCUAUCCAUGCGCUACGUGCUGCCCAUGGCUCCCACUUUGGGUGCAUCAGCAACAGUCCCAGCCCCAGCCCCAGCCCCAGCCCCAGCCCCAGCGAUGAGCAGGUAUGACAGUAGGCGACACCUUUCCCAGUCGCACGCUCGGAUGCUGGUCCUGUUCCUGCAGCUCCUGGCAACGGGCGCCACUGCAGCACCAGCCCCAGCACCUGCCGCAGCACCAGCAGCAGGCCCAUUGUAUCGCAGUACCCCAGCGGAUAGCCAGCGCUGUGCACACAAGGGCAUAGUGGAGCUGAUUCGCACGAGUCCUGUCAUUGUAAAGGCCCUCGCUGCCCGGGUCUUCACCGAUGCGGAGCUCGACGAUGGCCAGGGCUCUGACACCGAAACUGCUCUGUCCGCCGGUAUAUUAAUAACAUUAGCCCCGGAAACGAUAUACAAAGGAGCCUCUCUGCUGAAAAUUGCCAAUGGCGCCAACGGCGGAGAGGCCACACUGUCGCUUCGGGCCGGAGGAGGGAUGUCCAGCAGCGGCGGCGGCCAUCGCAACGGAGGCAGCGGCAAUGGAUCCGGAAGUGGAUGUGGAAGUGGAAAUGCUUGGAGCGGCACUGAGUCAGCGUUUCAGUACGAGGGACAGCUGAAUGCAACACUCCAGCCGGCGCGCUGCUUCGACGCAAAUAUGCUGAAAAUGCUGCCAGCGGAAUUAAUUGCCUUUGGCAAAUUGUUGCCUGCCGCCACAGCAGCAGCAGGCCCCAACUCCGGCAGACAGCUGCUCCUGCCACGAGCGCCGGCCAGUGAUGUUCUGCACAUAAGCAUCAACGGUCUGCAUCGCUGGACACCGCAAUUCGAGAAUCAUAUCUGGAAGCAUUUGGGAUGGGAUGAUUGGAGCGACUUCACCCUAUGCAGCGUCACCUGCGGAAAGGGGGUUCAGCAGCGUUUCCGCCGCUGCCUGCUGGACAACCCGAUGGUGGACAUGAAUAUGAAGAUGAACCAGGAGGAGGAAGAGGAGGAGGAAGAGGAGGAGGAGGAGGCCGAGGAGGAAGACGAUGAUGUGGACAUGGAAAUGGUAGAGCAGAUGGACGACACCGCAAAUGAGAUUGCCAGUUCUAAGGAGGCGAAUAACGAUGGCAUUCUGGACAGCCUGAAAGCAGACACGUCCAACGAUGGUGAUGACGAGGCAGAGACAGAGGCAGAGUCCCUGCUCCUCCAACAAGCGAUGACCAGCGAUGAGCCGCUGCACAAAUUCGCACAGAUGGCAACAGCCCAGCCCCAGGCACCUGCCCCCAUCGUGGGAACAAACAGCAGUAAUGAGGCAGCAGCGGUAGGCAAAAGUGUCCGAUUUGUGCCACGGGAUGAGGGGGAAGCCCGAGCCGGAGCCGGAGCCGGAGCCGGAGCCCCAGUCGGUAGCAGGAAGACACGUGCCAGCAAUCAGCACAAGAAGCGCAAGUCGGCCAAGAGUGUGGCUCUGUCGACCCUCCUCUGCGAGGGCUACAACAUCGAGCAGCGCAACUGCAAUAGCUUCGAAUGCAGUGAUGACAUUAGCGAUCUGCUCAAGUUCUACAAGAAGCUGCCACUCAUGGAGGAGCUGCCCACGCAAGCCUCCGAAUCGGCAGCAGCAGUGGGCUCGGUCUCGGUCUCGGCCUCGACGUUCCCUGAGAUGCAGAUGCAAGAUCUCACCACCGCUGCAUCGUCGCCCACACCCUCGGCGCCCUAUAACAUGGGCUACAUUCGAAGCUGGCGGAACAUACUGAACUUUACUCUGAUGAUCACCCUCAGGGCAAAGAACGACACAAAGAGUACGGCCACCAUAUUCUCCAUACGCAAUGCCACGCAUAAUCUGUAUCUGGAGGCGUGCAGCGAUGGUCUGCGCCUGUAUCUGGAACGCGACAAUACAACGGAAAUGUUGCCGGUGAAAUUCAAUUUAUAUGAUUAUCGCUGGCAUCAAGUGGCCAUCAGCAUACAAAAUGGCGAUUUUAUAUCGAUCUACGUGGAUUGCGCGUGGACAAAUAGUUUUGUUGUCUCGAAACGACUGUACACCCUGCCAAUAGAUGCGGACGUGGAGAUUGGACGCGGUUUUAAUGGAGAGCUGCAGCAGCUGCUGGUCCUGCCCGAGCACCAGGAGCGGCUUCAGUGCAGCAACAAGCGGACAUCCAUCAACGAGGUGAAGCGCUACAUCAUCGACACAUUCAUCGAGGACUACGGCGGCAAUUGAAGCGUGUAAAUAUGCAAUGCCGCCGAAUGCAGAACAAUAAUUACAAGCAACAACAACAAGAACAGCAAAUGGCAGGACAUCCCCGCACACAUAUACACAAACACAUACAUAUUGCAUAUGUACGAGUAUGGAGUGGGGGGAGAAUGGGAAUCCAAGCCGAAAUUCGAUUCCAUUUGUGGGCUAAUCAAAAUGGCAUUUCAUUCAAAUAUAUGUAUCUAUGUAUAAGUGCAACAACAAAUGUAUCUAUAAACAUGAUAUGCAAACUAAACACACACACAUAUGUAGAUCACACAGAUACACACACAAACACACAAUGUGAUUCAUGCCUGAUGGCGCAUUCCAUUGCAUUCCAUUCCGAAAUGUCGUGCUGCUAGAAGUGGCCCCCAAGAAUACACACAGACCGGACCGGAAAAAGAUGUCCUCUGUGCGAUUACGAUUACGCAUCUCACUCGUUGCACGUUGCAUUAAGUUAAUUUUGACGGAAUACAAUAAAAGUAAUCGCUGGAGAAGUGUCAGGAGGGAUCAUCGCACGAGGGGGGCAAAAGUGAAACAGAAAAAAGAUCAAAUAUAUUAAUUAAAGACAUACGAUAUGUAAUGGUAACUGGUAACUGGUAA